AUGUUAUUGCCUGGCAGCAGAAGGAAUUUGUUCACAGUUGCUUAUGAUGAACUUGAGGCCGUCCUCCAAGGUGAUGAUGAUCUAUCACUGCUGGACGAAAGAGGACUUACACUAAAGAUAAUUAGCAAGGCAGAGUCUGCAGAAGGUUUUAUUCAAGACUCAUGGGUUCUAGCUCGAGAGUUGAUGCGAUUUGGUGAUGACGACAAGAUGUGGGAAGUAAUCAAAGGUGUAUGGAUCGAGAUGCUCUGUUUUUGUGCUGGUAGAUGCAGGGGUUACCUGCAUGCCAAAAGCCUUGGCUCCGGUGGAGAAUUCCUCUCUUACAUAUCACUCCUAAUGUCUCAUGCGGGGCUAGAGACAUAUGCAGAGAGGCAGCAGAGGGUUCAGCUUCGGCUGCCGAAAGAGGCGAGGCAGCACAUUGUGAGGGUAAACGCUAUGAAAAGGGAAAUACAAGAGGCUGCUGGGAACAUGAUGGAAAGAGCUGCUGGUGCAUCUGCCGAGGUCCAAGUUGUUAUCUCCUAG